AAUAGAUAUUGUGAAACAUAAUCGAUCGACUCUGUUUGCUCAGUCGUUCUUACAGGCAAACCAAACAAUGAGGUGCUGGGCGUUGUGUUAGUUUGGAUGCUUUACUUGUUUGUAUCUGGAAAUAUUUAAAAGAAAAGCCUGCGAAAUGCAUCCGGGUGUGGAAUACCUGAAUAGUAAACGAUUGAGCAUAAUGGCAAUAUCGACGUCACAGUUCAUAUUGGGUUUGCUCUGCAUUCUAUUUUGGACGGCAAGUACUCAAUAUUGCAGAUAUUGCUAUGAUUCUCAUGGAUUUGACUGGUCACAAUUUUGUCAAUGGACAGCGCCUUUACAAGGAGUUUGGGGUGGAAUAUUUGCAUUACUUUGUGGGAGCAUAGGCGUAGUGCGGGCAUGCAAGACGUCAAUAGCGGGGAAUUCUUCUCACAUCGCUGCGUCUGUUUUAUCUCUUUUAACCUCGUCGGCAAUGGUGGCUUUGGAAAUAUUAUUAAUUACUGACAACGUAAUCUUUGAUGGGACAGCGGAUUUCAAAGAACAUUGCUUACCUGAAGAAGGAAUUAUAAUUUGGAAGUAUUUCCAUUAUACAUUGAUAGGAAUGGGAGGCUUAUGCUUUAUAUUAAGCAUACCCUCUUGCAUUAUGACAAGUUAUGCGCAAUGUGGAUGCUGUGGAACAUAUUGUGAUACGGAGGCCGACUAUGAAUAUUUAAGAAAUGAAGGUAUUUCGUAUGAAGAACGAUUUGCACCACCUCGACACAGUGAAGUUAGAGUACAAGCUUGUGUUCAUCAUUCAUGUAAUUGUGAGUUACCUGCUCAUCAACAAGAACGAUUUCAACAACAUGAGGUUGUACAUGCUCAAGAACCAAGACGAUAUGUACCUAUCGAUGAUAUUCUACGAAUGGAUGCAGAAAACGAAGGCGAAGGGGGUGAUGAUAAUUUAAUCCAGCUUGAGGACGAACCCGAAACUCGUGAGAAUACUAGUGGAAGAACACAAAUCAGUGAAAAUGCGCAAGAUCAUCAGGAUCCUACGGAACCACCUCCUCCGUAUACUCUAACGUAAAAUUUAUUCAAUAUUCCAUUACUGUGAAUUUAAUAAUGCAACCUUUUUUGACUUUUUGUAUUUGUGGUUGAUAUAUAUAAUGUAAUGAUUUACUUCGACAAUGCUUUUUGGAGAUCAUGUCGAUGGGUGGUCAACCAAGAGUUGAAAUUUAUUUAUUGUUAAAUUAACAAAAUAUCCGACAGUUAUUGGAUAUGGAGUGUACAUAUGAAUUGCUUUGCUAAUACUUGCUUGGUUUCUAUCGAGGACUUUGGGAAAUAUAAACUUGGGUAAUAU